AUGGACAGAGAUACUGUUGAUGUCAAACUUGAAGUCAAUGACGACCAAGGAUCGGUUACAAAUUUUGUGUCUACAAAUAUCAUCAGUCAUGAUUCUGUCGUGAUUUGUGGUAAAUGCGAAAAACAAAUGUUGUAUCAGGAGUAUGAUUCUAAACACCGUCAGAUUCAUUAUGGCCUCUGUUGGAUUGUAGGAGUAGAAGAUGAAAUUGAUUUCACUGAUACAUCUACAACUCAAGCAAUAUUAAAGAAAACUAUUAACAAAUCUAAAGCCAAGUCAACAUUUAUAUGUGAAUGGUGCGAUUCUGUUAAAAAGACUAUUUCUGGGUUUGCCAAUCAUCUAAAAAAAUGUAAACAAAAUUCAAUGUUGAGUGUAAAUGAUAAAGUUCUGAACAAGUCUGAUGUAAAUGUUAGUACAUCAACUAUUAAUCACGAUAAUGACACUAUGGUGUCAUGCGGUCGCUGCGGAGAAAGUAUGAUAUAUGAGGAAUACAAAAAUAAACAUAUCCAUACUCACUACAAUUUAUGUUGGUUAGAAGGAGAAGAAAAAUUAGAUUAUUUAAAUGAGAACAGAAUGGUUGUUUUACUCCGUGAAAUUUUACCAAACACUACUGUUAAAAAAAAAUAUAUAUGUGAAUGGUGUAAAGAUUUGCAAAAAACUGUGUUAGGCUUUGCUUCUCAUGUGAAAAAAUGUGCCAUAGAACAAAAGCUUGUACUUCAACAUCCUAAUGAGACUGAUUUGCCGCAGCCUACAGAGGAAGAAAUCAGUGAAAACAAUUCAAUGGUAACUUGUGGUAGUUGUAAUAAAAGUAUGAUGUUCAAGGAGUAUGAAGAUACACAUUGUGCAACACAUUACAAUUUAUGUUGGAAAAUUGGUGAUGAAAAACCGGAUUUUGAUGAUGAGAACGCGAUACAAUAUUUAUUACGACAACAUUUACCAAAAUAUGCCGCACGCCAAAAACAAGUUAAAUUUGUUUGUGAAUGGUGUCAGAAUGAAAAAAAAAGUGUAGUUGGUUUUGCUAGCCAUGUAAAACGAUGUCAAUCUAGACCGGAUAAACAGGGACUGCACAACAAAAUAGAAAACGGACUUGAUAUAAUUAAAAAAUCUGAAAUAAAAAUUAUAGAAAAAAGUGACGAUUCAAUGGUGACUUGUGGCCGCUGUAAAAAAGAAAUGACUUUUAAUGAAUAUCGUACCAAGCACUAUUCCAAACAUUUUAAUUUAUGUUGGAUUGAUGGUGAAGAAAUACUUGAUUUAGGAAAUUAUGAUACCGUAUUAAAUAAAUUAAGACAAUUCAUACCUUUUAAAGUUGUACGUAAACGUGGAGUAAAGUUGUGUUGUGAAGAUUGUAAAACUAUUAAAAGAAGUCUUUCAGGGUUUGCGAGCCAUGUAAUAUUUUGUAAUAAAACUCCUGAUGACAUUACACAUUUGUUAUGCGGGUGUGAAGACUGUGGAAAUAAAGUUAAACCAUCGUCAUUAAUAACUCACAAACUGAAAACUUGUAGAGGUGUGAAUAACAUAGAAAAUAGUAAUAACAUCAAUGACAAUUCUAAAGACCUUUACAAAAUGCGCCGGAAAAGAAGGCCUCCUAACGUGUUAAGUUUUCAUCCAGAUACUAAAUAUAUUACUGAAUAUCAUUAUCUACCAUCUAUUCAACAAUCUUGCAAGAUAUUUAGUUCAAAUGAUGAACAAAUUUGUGUUGAUCUUUUUAAGUCUGUUUAUGUCAAUGGUAUGCAUUGGCUGUUUACUGGUGGUCCUAAUUGGGCUAUGUCAUGGUGUCCUGUUCCAAAGGAAGUUCAAACACAGUAUUUGGCAAUAUCAUGUCAUCCUAAACCUGAUCUGGAGCAUAAAGAGAUGGAAAUUUAUCAAUAUCCGUCUCUUGUGCAGUUAUGGAGAUUCGAUUCAUUGACAAAUAUUAUCGAUGAAUCCGCCUUUUGUACGCCACAUAUGUCUAUAUGGUCUGGCUCAUGA